GUUUUAAAACUUAGAAUACUUCACUUUUUACCAUUAGAACUUGUCUAUCGGCAUUAUUAGGUGAGGUUAUCUCAUCAACACCCACAGUUUUAAGUCGCUGAUCCGAGUAGGAAUGGCCACACAAUCUAUGCCGGCAUACGGCAUUCAAUCAACUCAAGAACUUUCCAGUGGCGAGGUGCAUGUCCUCAGCAGUCCGGUAACCGGACAUCAAAGCUUUAUAGCGCCUCCCGGCGCAUACCCGCGCAUUCCUUCGUCUUCCAUCGGAAUUUUGCACGUCUUGGGUUAUACCCCCGCCGAAGGAGAACAGAACGUUCCUGUCGUCGUAAAUUUUAAUUGCACUGCCGACCUCGCCGCCGGAUCCUACAUUCGUCUCGUUGUCGGUAGACGGGCUGUGGGCACAAAGGUCCGUGAGCUCGGGCCAGCUGGUUACGGGCAUUGGCAACUCGAGGCAAACGUUCCUCCGUUUUCUCGCCAUAAUACUACUUCGCCAAACCUGCCCUUGACAAUUCAGGCCUUGGCCGAUGAUAAGACAUUGCUAGACUCUGUUACAUUCGGUGAAUUCACAUACUGGGAAUCAGAGCGUGAAAAAAAUUCGACCACUAUGAUGCGAAAGCACACACCUAGUUUCUCCUCAAACAGUUCGGCCCUCACACGGACUGCACCUACCGUUGCUGCUCCACUUCCAGAGUCGUCAGAUAGAUCAAGGAGACGGUCUAAGCCAUACAGCCGUCCUUCAACCCCAGCGUCGUCUUCGGACUCAGAACCCAGCCAGUCACAGGCGCAAAAAUCAUUGACGCGCCCUCAGCCACAAAUGCAGGGUCUUCGGCGCACAAGGCAAGCAAUUGAUAUCUCCGAAGACGGUGCCACUGCAAGCCUCGACAUCAUGGUCGUCCUCGACAGCUUCUGCUAUAACUGGGAUGAUGUGGAAAUGCAAGCUGGCAGGCGCCUUGUUCGCUUCUCACGCAUCCGAGAUGGCAAUAAACUCCUCGUUUCGGCAGAGCGCAUCUCACCCGGCGACUAUGAUGCGAAAGACAUCGUCAUCUCAUGUAUUUACCGUGACGAGACUGACUCAUGCUGCGUUACGUCCGUUGACAUCAUCCAUCUGCUUCAGAGGCUCGUCGCUGCAGAGUUCGUUGUUGAGGAGAAGAACCGCAUUAGACGUAACCUCGAAGGCCUACGGCCUACCACUGUCUCGAAGUCGCGCCCAGGCUUUGAAGGUCUAUUCCAGCGCAUUAUGGAUUUCCCAGAUCCUAAGCCGCGUAAGAUCGAAAAAGAUCUCAAGGUCUUUGAUUGGAAGUUGCUUCCCCAAGCACUGGAUAAGAUCAUAUCUAAAUACUCCCUGAGCAACUUUGGGCCUAUCCCAACGAAGGAAAGCAGCCAGUCAGCUUCCUAUCAGACGCCCGCACAGCGGACCCACAUCCAGCCGAAAGUGGAGUUCGUUCCGUCGUUCGGCGACGGCGUUCAUUUCGAGGGAUUGCACAGGCCCCAGUCUCAUCUCUCACCAUUUUCUCAAGCCCAAUCGCCUCAGCUAGAGUCACCCAUCGACGAUUCCCUGUUCUACCAUAUGCCAGAAGACCAUCUCCAGUCAGUGUACGUGGGCCCAGACGUAGUUCCCAGAUAUUAUCCAGGCCACGAACCUUACUUUGUCCCGAGUAUGGAUCCUUCGCAUUAUCCCGUAGACCCGUCUGUGGCACUUGCAAGUGCCCCGUCACCUAUGUCACCGCUUAGCGCUUACCCCCACAAUCCGCCUUGGGACUUGCAAAGUCGGGACAAUAUCACAAUGCCUUCAAGUGUACCUGCCGACCAUCAACAGCGUGCUGCCUUUGAUUUCAUUCCCUCCCAGGAACCCUUCGACAUGUACUCCAUCCCCCAAUAUGCCAUGAACACCUACGACUCGUUCGAAUUCCAGACAUUACGAGAGCACAGUAUGAAUCCUUCGUUGGCUAGUCAGGUCGCAUGAUCAUUCAUUGUACUCAUCUGUGCUAUACAUUAUCCUUGCGUCAUCAUUUAUCUGCUCUAUCCUAUCUUUAUUUUUCUUGUGCCCUCUGUUGUAUUAUCACUCUUUUCGUCUCUGGAGAGCCACGCUCUGAUAUUCGUAUGGCCCAUUGUAGUUAGCGUUAUACCUCUCCUAA